UUGCUGAGCCAUGGCUUAAAUUCCCACCAUAUCAUUGCGUCGUCUUCCUACUCCUCCUCCUCCAUAUCAGACCAGAAAUCAAAAACAUGCCUCUCUUGUACUAUGGGCUUGUAAUUGUGGGAACAGCAGCCUUAUUAUUAGCAGUAUACAACCUUAUCAUCAUCAAACGUUGCGGCGGCCGCCGCCGCCACGUGCAAUCAUCGUCGUCGUCAUCCUCAUCAUCAUCACAGCCUUCAAAUCGGGUGAGUGAAGCAGUGGCACCGAUCAGUCAGAGUUAUGAUGGUCUGAUAUUCAACAGAAACUUGUUACUAUCAAGCUUCAAGUACAAGAAAGAAGCAGCAGAAGGAGAGAGUGAGUGCCCAGUUUGUCUUUGUGGGUUUGAAGAAGGAGAAGAGGUGAGGAACUUGCCGAGAUGCAAGCACAGCUUUCAUGCACACUGCAUAGACAUGUGGCUCUUCUCUCACUUCGAUUGCCCAAUUUGUCGAACACCUGUCCUGCACUUUUGCCAGCUUUUUCCUCCUCCUCCGCCACCACGGCCGCCGGAGAGUUCUGGUGAUGGCUUGCUCCGAUCAGCCAUUAAUGGCGUCGCUGUUUGAGGGCUUGGUUACCUGGGGCCUGCUAAAAUUGAAUUGAUAACCUUUUGAGAGCUUAAUGGGUUUCAUGUGGGGUCCAACUCUAUCUCCAUUUCUUUCGUCAGUUGGCAAACUGAGCAAUUAAGCAGACCCAAAUGAGGAAGAUGACGGGUUUGGAGUGUCUGUUGUCUUGUCUGCUAUUUUCUCUAAUGCUCGAAAUCAUAGCCCUUCAUUUUAACUCAUUGGCCGAUCAUUAACUAAAAUGAAGGGUUGAGAUUUUAAAUAUUAACAAGCAGCAGGAACCCCAAAUCCACGAAGAAUUCGUGUGCAUUGGAUGCUAUGCCCUGUGAUUUUAGAUAUUAAGAAGCAACAGACACUUCAAAUCCACGAAGAAUUACACCCACAAGUGGGAGUCACAAACUUUGAGAGACAAGUUGUACGAAAUUUUAAAGUUUGUAUAUAAAUUGUAUAAUGCAUAUGACCAAUUGUUACACACUUGGUCUCUUUUUUGUUUUGUGAGUGAAUUGUGAUUCAUUACUCAUAAAA